AUUGUGCCACAUCCUGUGUGAUCUGAGGAAGUCAGAAAGCAAGACUCAUCUGAAGAACCACUGCAGUUAGCACUUUAGAUUCAAAGGUCAAGAAGACGAGCUGGGAUUUAAAAAAAAUAAAUAAUAAGAAUAAGAAUAAGAAUACAAUUGUAAGAAAAAAAGUAAGGCCAUGCUUCAAAGGGCAGCUUCAAAUGUCUCCGAUAAACCUAAAAACAUGAAACCUAAGAGAGCCACCAGUUUUGGAAAAUUUGAGAGCUUCAUGCAUCCAAGGCUUGAGGAAGAUGGAACAGCUCUGCAGGCUGAGGGUGAGUCAGGAGUGCAGAGGAAAGACAAGCAGCACAGUUUGGGGAAAAAGAUGAAGGCAAUCGCACUGACUAUGAGGAGAGGCAAGAAACAGAUCAAGUCCUGUUCUGAGGACGUGGGUGACGACACAGACAGGGAACCAGAAGGAGGUACAGAAAGCAGUUCUCAGUUGGGGAAAACUCCAAACCACUCGAAUAACUCGUUAGAAAGUCUCUCUAUUGGACAGAGCUCUUCCAGUGCCAUGACCAGCAGCUUGGACGUGUCCGGUAACAGAGACAGCCUGAGGUUGGACGAGGACGCGUCCUACACAGGGCCGUUUUGUGGACGAGCCCGAGUGCAUACAGACUUCGUCCCCAGUCCGUAUGACACGGACUUGCUCAAGCUCAAGGUCGGCGAUAUUAUCAAUAUCAUAAGCAAACCCCCGAUGGGAAUAUGGACAGGCAUGCUGAACAACAAAGUAGGAAAUUUCAAGUUUAUCUACGUGGAGGUGCUACUUGAGAAAGAAAAAGAUGAAGAGGAAGAAAAAGAGGAAGAGGAAGAUGCUCUUAAGAUCAGACCUCAGAGACUGUCCAAAAGACCUCGACCCAAAACACUGCUGGAGUUACUGGAGAGGUUGCAUUUGGAGGAAUACGCCUCGACGCUGCUUUUGAAUGGCUACCAGUCAGUGGAUGACCUGAAGCACUUGAAAGACCAGCAUCUGAUUGAGCUGAACGUCACAGAUCCUGAGCACAGACGCAAACUACUCGCCGCCUCAGAGGUCAUCUAUGACAUGGGCCGGGGCGAGCUGGACGAGGACGAGACGAAGGGUGAGGAGGACGACGAGGACAAGGACGAGGACGAUGACGAGGAGGCGAGUGACUGUCCUCGGGACUCGGGCUGUUUCAUCCCAAAGGAGUGUCCAGACGCUAGCAGAGAGGAUUCCGACAUUCACUAACGUCUCUUUUCUCUGAAUUGAGCUAUAACGAUUUACAACUACUCACAAUUUCAAAUAUUUAGAUGUUUUUGUGUCAAUAGGUCUAGAGUUUACGAUGUUAAAAUAUCUGCUGAGUUUUGUAUUUGUACAGGAUGUACUCAUUUCUGUUUCUGUUGGUCUCUGUUACUACUAUUAAUAUCAACCUACUGUGUGUGUGUGUUUGUGUGUGUAUAUAUUUCUACUUUUUAAUACACUGUAAGAGUUAAUAAAUUAUUUGUUUGACAUUAA